AUGUCGAAGCAAUUAGGGGAGAAUCUUGUAGCAUCGCAUCAUUAUCAAAAAAAAAUAGAGAUUGAAAAGUUCUAUCUGGAAUAUGGAUGCGGAGAAGCGAGCAAAUUAUACACAGGUUAUAAUAGUACAAAAAUUCUACGAGAGAGAGAAUUGAAAAUGCCAAAGAUGAUGAAGGAUCAAUUCGAUAACUUAUGCAUUCACAUGGGAUCGAAAGAAAAAAAAGUCAGAAAGCUUGAAACUAUCAGAUUCAUUCAUGCAGGACUUUCUGUACUAUUGCUCAGAUUAGAUUCUCCAGCAAGAUAUGUUAGUAGAAUCUCUCGUUCUAAAAUGUUGAUCAUCCUAUCAAAUAUCAGUAAAUUUUGCAAAGGAGUUCUUCCAGCUAUUAUACUUGCGUGGAUGGCAAAGAUUUGUGUCUUAUAG